AUGCCUGCUGUCUUAUCUAGCUCUACCACCACUCCUCGCGUCCUCGUUACUGGCGCCAAUGGAUACAUCGGCAUGUGGGUGAUCCGCACCCUUCUGGAAGACGGCUACGCUGAAGGUGCAUUCGACGAGGCCGUGAAGAACGUCGUCGCCAUUGAGCACACGGCAUCUCCUCUAAGUGCCACGACGGACGACCCCAAUGAAUUAAUCAACCCAGCAGUUAAUGGGACCCUAGGCGUUCUAAAGAGCACUCUGAAGUUCGGGACCAACGUAAAGCGCGUUGUUAUUACUUCCUCCUGCGCUGCAAUUGCUCGCGACAUCGCCCAUUCGCCUGACAAGCCAACGCAUAUCUUCACGGAAAGGGACUGGGCCGAUCAAUCUGUCGACAUUGUGAGGAAGGACGGAAGGAAAGCUCCGUUUAUGGCGAAAUAUCGGGCAUCAAAGUGUCUCGCUGAGAAAGCUGCCUGGAAAUUCGUCGAGGAUCACAAGGCGGAGAUCGCGUGGGAUUUGGUAACUCUCCAGCCUCCAUUUGUGCUCGGGCCCCCACUCCAGGAAGUGACAAGCCCAGCCAGCCUGAAUACGUCGCUUGCCAUGCUAUAUGACUCUCUCUUCCGGGAAAAGAGUGACGAAGUACUCAAGGCCAAUUACAGCUACGCCCACGUCAGGGACGUCGCUUUAGCGCAUGUAAAGGCACUUCAAGUCGCUGAAGCGGCUGGCGAGAGGUUUAUAACUUCGGCCGGUGGUACUACCUGGCAAGAAACCCGUCACGUGGUCCACACGAUUAAUCCGAGCUUGUACACCUCCGGAGUUCUUCCACGCGGUAAUUCGACUCUUGAGUUCAAGCUUGUGUCGUUAUAUGAUGGAUCUAAGAGUCGCAAAAUUCUCGGAUUGGAAUAUGCGACCCUCGAAGAUAUUUUGACAGAUGUGUUAAGCGACUUUGAGGCGAGAGGCUGGACGAAAUGCAAAGAUUAA